AUGAACGACUCCUACGCCAUGGCUGGUGCUGGUGAGAACCAUCGUCGCUCAGAGAGCUCAGAAGGCUUGAUGGGCGAAGACAAGACCUUUUCUUGCACGCACCCUGGGUGCAACAGACGCUUCACUCGGGCUGAGCAUAUGCAACGUCAUGCUCUCAACCAUAUGCCUGGCGGGUUGAGCUGCGAUUUAUGCAAUGCCCACUUCAAGCGACCUGAUCUGUUGAAACGGCAUAUGGACCGUCACCGCCAAAAAGAUCUCGAAGCAGGCGGACCAGGCUGCGGCGUUUUAGACACACGAAAGCGAUCUUGGAAGGCCCCGGACGGGUCUGUUGUAGAAAAGCGGCCCUGCCCGAAUCCGUCUGGACGGGGCCGGGCAUCGGGAGGAAAAGAGCGUCCUCAAGCUCAACAAGUUCCUUCACCUGACCCGGAACCCCACGACGGGGAUCAUAGUCUGUCCGGCUUAGACAUUGAGCCAGACCAAGACUACUCCAUCGACAACAUAUCACCAGAGUUUCACAGGCGCUCAACCUUGGAUCUUCGGCCAGGAAGCCAGAGCGACGCUCAACAGUAUUCCAUUGGACGUCAAGACGUUUUCAAUCCAACUGAACCUGUCACCAACUUCUCGGGGUUCCCUCCUUCUUUACAGUUUUCCGAUUUUAUAGGAUCGGAGAGCCACUUCGACAUUAAUACGACCCAGUCCAGUAGCUGGGGUGAGACAUCAUUCAUGAGCGAACAGUUGGACUACGAUCAGAUCUUCCAACCCGACACUGCCAGCUCCUUUAAUAUGCCAUACACGACUGCGCUGGAUUACAACUGGCUAUUCAACAUGCAAGAAAACUCGGCCCCCACCGCAGCGUCGAGACCUUCGAAUCUAGCUCAAGAUUUUGAAACUCACGUGGCAAACAAUCAAUCCCAAACUAAAUCGCAAGCAAACGUCGCCAUCACACCGGAGUCGAUGAAGAGCGCACAGCUGUGGACAGAGCCCAUGGAGAUGACUAGCAAGGAUCAGGAGAGGCAGAGGUCGUCCGAUCCACCAAGCAACACCUCAACAACCGCUAGUGAAGCUGCCAGACGGCAAGCGAUGAGAAACUCCAGGGAGAGGAGCUCAGACAUCGCGCAGUUUCGAAGACCUAGCGAUGCGCCAUCAGCAGCUCGGCAGCGUUACCCUGCACCCAGCCGGCCAACUCCGACCGAACCAGAAAGACCACUGUCUUCCUUGAGGAAGCCGCUAACAAUCCCUCCUAUUGGCGAAGAUGUGAGAGAGAGGUUGUUAAACGUCAUUGACGGCGCCAAGCCCAACCUGCCUGACCAACGCGCCACAAUAUGGGAGCACCCGUUACUAUCAGCGGACUCACUAAAGUCGUAUCUGGAGCUAUUCUUCACUCGCUUCAACACCGCAUACCCACUCAUCCACCUAGAGACAUUUGACUGCAGGAAUACCGAACCUUUGCUACUGUUGUCCAUCCUGCUGUUAGGUGCUACGUACUCGAGCAAAGACUGUCAUCAACUUGCUGUUUGCAUACAUGAUGUAAUCCGGCCGAGCAUCUUUGCCCAUGCCGGAUUCUCACCUAGACCAGAGCUCUGGACAUUGCAGACAAUCCUGCUGGUCGAGUGCUUUGGCAAGUCACGUGCCGGUCAGAAACAACACGACAUGAGCCAUUUGUUCCAUGGACUUCUGAUCAAUCUCAUUCGCCGUUCCGAUUGCCAGACUGUGCGACCGCCGGGUCCGCCACCAGUCUCGGGCGAAGAUAACGCCGGCAUCUUGGACCAGGCAUGGAGGAAGUGGGCCGAUGCGGAGCAGAAGAAAAGCCAGAGCAUAUGGGAAGCUCGGGAUGCCGCAUCAUGGGCGUCGGCAUGGCGCUCAAGUCUUAGCGACCAGAGGUUGUUCUACUUGCCCACUCUGAAAUCUUAUCUUACACCUUCAGCCCCGCGACCAGCUGGCCUCACUGGAUUCUCGAGGAUUCUUGUUCUUCAUGGCUUGAUGUCCAUCUCUUGGGACAUGGGCCGGCGUGAUCAGACGGCUCUGGGUGUCGUCUCCGGAGAUAGCUUCGGGAUGGGUUGGCGCAAAUUGCUGAGCACCGCCUACGACGCAUGGAAAAACGACUUUGAUGCAUUCUGCGGCAGCUUCGCGUCCCAAUUACAACGGGGAUCUGCCUCCCAGGCCCAGGGAGUUCAACGGCAGGAGGGCGACGAAGAUAUGACUCGGAAAGUGGAGUUCGAGUCGUUCGCGGCAGCAUACAAGGCUCUCUAUCAUUCAGCACAAGCUUUACUCAACAUGGACUUCUUGGAUGUUCAGAUAUACGCUGGUGCUCGUCACAUCCUCGGUAGGCCAGUACAGCAACGAGAUUACCACAGAUCCGCACAGGUUGUGAAGAAAUGGGCUGCGUCAGCUUGCGAGACACAGCAGCAGCAGCAAAACCACCCACUCGUCCCAAGACAAGAUCGAGGAGGGGCUGCCGACACCAACGCCGACCAAUCCAAGCAAUCCGCGUCCGAAGCAGCAUGGCACGCGGCGAGAAUGCUAGUCGAAACCAAGAGAACGCUGAACAGCAUGGAGGCCAUGAACCUCUUCCACGUGCCGUGGUGUCUGUACCUGGCGACGCUUACCUGCUGGGCCUAUCACCACGCGCGACCUAGUCGAUCGUACGGGGCAUCUUCGCGGCGGGCGUUUGACGCCUUUGAUGAUGAGGAUGACUUUGAGGACGACGAGAUGAUUUGGGAUCCGCAAGGUGAGAUGGAGGCUCUGGUUGCGAGCAUGUCGGAGCGCGCGGUACGGGGCGAGGUCGCUCUACGGAGAGAGCGGAAGAGGACGAAUGGCUUGGUUUGGAUUAUGGCGGACGUUUUGACGACGGUGAGAUGGGGGAUUGUGCACGCUGGCGUAGUGGUGUUACGGGGUCUUGUGCCUCAGCGCCUGAUCAACCAUGCAUUCUACACAGUCAGCUUGAGCGGCGAUGUGUUCAGCCGAAGCUUGGCUGACAAUGUUGAGAUGCCCAUGUCAGAGUUCAAGCGUGGAUCUAUCGGCAACAUGACGGCAAUUAACUACUAUGAGCGUAUAACGGAGGUCUAUCGUUUGGACAAUACUCCAAUUUUGAUCGCUUCUGCCGUCAGCUUCAUCAUCGGCUACCUCCAGUAUACCUACGUUGUCAGGCUCACCUUACGUGAAGGAAAGGGCCCGAUGCCCUUCUGGAUGCAUUCAUUUUACCUCGCCCACGACUCGACAUGGUCUUAUACCCUUGGCAAGGCCGCCUCUCAGUACGGGGAGCACUGGUACCUGAGAGGCACGUCAAUAGCGCUCUUCCUCUGGACGAUGCUGGAAGUAUGGACUAUCCAUCGAUCCAUCACCAAAGAGCGCGAUGCCAGCUUUGGGAAUGUCCUCGGAAAGCAGCCAUCAAUGUCGGCAGCCAUUACAUACGCCCUGGCGCUGCAGAUGGGCAUGUACUCGAUCGUGCUUCUGGCCAUUGAGUUUAUGGGUGAGGGGUCCGUCAUGCAAUGGUUCUGCUUCACCAACGUCCUGAUCGUCCUUGGGCCUACUCAUCACUACUUGAGGGCUGGGUCCCGGCAUGGACUAUCUCUCGGUUUCUGCGUUGUCAACAUCAUCGGCACCAUCUGGACCUUUGCGCCUUUCGGGUUCUUUGUGCUCACUAUUCCGGAAAUCUUCGAUCAACAGUUGUACUAUAUCAUUGGGGUUAUUCUCACAGUGUAUUCCGUUGGGUGCUUCCACGUGGUAUCCCAGUAUCCGAGCAAGACUAGAGUCAUGGAUAAGGGUGGGAAGCAGCCAAUCUGGUAG